AUGGAUGGAACCGAUCUCCCCUAUACCUGCAACACCUGCCUUGUCGGGUUCCGCAGCAGCGAUGCGCAGAGAGAUCAUAUGCGCCGGGAUUGGCACUUAUACAACAUGAAGCGUCGUAUGGCUGCCUUGCCCCCUGUGUCCCAAGAAAUUUUCAACGAGAAGGUCCUGGCCGCCAAAGCUACGACCGCCGCCGCCGCCGCCAAGGCCUCAUUCGAAAGGACCUGCAACCCGUGCCAGAAGACAUUCUACAGCGAGAACUCGUAUCAGAAUCAUAUCAAAAGUUCGAAGCAUAGGCAACGUGUGUCCCGUGUGGACAAGGAUGCCGACGAAACUGCCUCGGUGAUGAGUUCUGCUUUCUCGCUUGGAGAGCCUAUCAAUAAGACUCGCUCGAAUCAGGCCGAUGUCUCUCACGUCACACAAAGCCUCAAGACGGCUACAAUCGAAGAAGAUGGUGAAGAAGACGGGGAAGAAGGUGAAGGUGAAGAUGCAGCUGGCGAAGAAAAAUACUCCAACUCUCGCUGCCUCUUCUGUAACGAGGAUUCAUCGGAUAUCAAACAGAACGUGGAACACAUGCUCAAGGCACACGGCAUGUUUAUCCCCGAAAAGGAUUACCUUGUGGACUUGGACGGGUUGAUUCACUAUCUGUACCGCAAAAUCGCAGAGAACAGCGAGUGUUUGUACUGCCAUGCUAUCCGGAAUAGUCCUGCUGGUAUCCGCACCCACAUGCGUGAUAAGGGCCACUGCAUGAUUGCUUUCGAGACCGAAGAGGAGCAGAUCGAGAUCGGUCAAUACUACGACUUCCGCAGCACAUACUCGGAUGGUGAAGAUGAGUGGGAGGAUGAGGAGGAGGAAGGAACGCCGGAAGACGGCGGUGUCAAGGUUUCUUCGUCGGAUGCUGAUGCAGAAGGAUGGGAAACCGACGAUACCUCUGCGUCAUCGGUUGAUCCAGAGGAUCUCGGCUCUCGCAAGCAGGCCCCGGUUAUCUACCAGUCCGAAUACGAGCUUCACUUGCCUUCCGGAAGAAGUGUCGGUCACCGUUCUCUCGCCAAAUACUUCCGUCAGAACCUGCACAACUACCCCUCCGCUGAUGAGCGCGCUGCCCGGCAACUCGCCAUUGAAAACGGAGAAAUCGAAGAAGAGGAGCCAAGAGGCCGAACGAACCACCACCGUGCAAUUAUCACGCGUGCUAACGGCGGUCUGGGGAUGAUCGGGGCUUCAGAUGAGCAGAAACGUGCUGCUCUCGAUUCCGAACGGAGAGAGCGCACCCGCGCACAGCGUGAGGAGCACCGUAUCAAGGCUCGGGUCCAACGGGCCAACAACAGCCAAAAGCAUUUCAGAGAUCCGCUCCUUCAAUGA